GUCCUCUACCAAACCAAACCCACCCCCACACACCAAAUACAAAGAUCCAAUUCAAGAAAACGACCUUUUUCUUCCUUUCCCUUUCUCUUCUCCUAAACCAAAAUUAUAAUCCCAAAACUAAUCAAAAUCUCACACACACACCCAACUGUCGUCCGAGGGAGCCGUUGAAACCUCCUCUUUUUUUUCCUUACUUUCUCUCUCCUCAUCUUUCAACUGUUGCUUAACGCCUCUCCCAAAUUUCUUUCCUUUCAUUACGUUUCUCCUUUUAUUUCUAACUUUUCUUCUUCUCUUAACAUUUUAAAAAACCCCCACCAAAAAAAAAAUAACAAGUUAAUUCCAUGGAUGUGGUGGGGGGAUCUAGUGUAGCUGCAACACAUCUUAGUGUUAAUCAAGUUCUUGAUUUUAUUCAAUCAGACGAUCCAGAUUUCAAGAUCAGAGCUGCCCAAGAAAUCCGUCGUCUUACUAAAACUUCACAACGUUGUAGACGUCAACUUUCUCCUGCUGUUCCUCAACUCGUUUCUAUGCUCCGAGUUAACUCACUCGUUUCUACCGAGUCUGCUCUUCUUGCUCUUCUUAAUCUUGCCGUUAAAGAUGAAAAGAACAAGAUAAGCAUUGUGGCAGCUGGUGCAUUAGAUCCAAUAAUCAGAUUCCUCCAAUCAAAGAAUACAAUUCUUCAAGAACAUGCUACUGCCGCUUUGCUAACACUUUCAGCAUCUUCAGUAAACAAGCCAACAAUUACAGCUUAUAAGGCGAUUCCUCUUCUAGUAGAUGUUCUAGAAACCGGCACCCCACAAGCCAAAGUUGAUGCUGUCAUGGCACUUUACAACCUCUCCACCCACUCAAACAACAUCACCAUGAUCCUCGAAACAGAUCCCAUACCUCUCAUAAUAGACUUGCUCAAAACGUGCAAGAAAUCAUCAAAAACAGCUGAAAAGUGCACCGCCCUUUUAGAAUCUCUUGUCAACUUCGAUGAGGGUAGGAAUGCUUUAGUCUCCGAAGAAGGGGGUGUGCUCGCAGUAGUGGAGGUCUUAGAGAGUGGGUCUCUCCAGAGUCGGGAGCAUGCCGUUGGGGCACUCCUAACAAUGUGUGAGAUCGAUCGGAUCAAAUACCGGGACCCAAUUCUCAGAGAAGGGGUCAUACCGGGUUUACUAGAACUUACAGUUCAAGGGACUCCUAAGUCACAGAAAAAAGCUCAGAUUUUACUGAGGCUUCUGAGAGAUUCUCCUUACCCAAGGUCGGAGUUUCAACCAGAUACGUUGGAGAACAUUGUUUGCAAUAUUAUUUCGCAAAUGGAUGGUGAGGAACAAUCAGGGAAAGCAAAGAAGAUGCUCGCGGAUAUGGUUCAAGUUAGUAUGGAGCAAAGCUUGAGACACUUGCAGCAAAGGGCUCUGGUAUGCACCCCUUCUGAUCUGCCUAUUGCCAGUUGUGCCUCUCAAGUUUCUUCCAAGUGAUCAUAUGAUAUAAUCUUAACUAGUCUUACUUUUCAUUUGGGACAGACUACUUUUCCACUCUUUUUUUUUCUUGGUGAGUUUUUGUCAGAUAUGAUAUUUAGGGCAAAUGAGAAAGUUAAUACUACUGUGCAUACAAUGAAAAAUGCCAGUCCAGGCCAUUAUCAAUGGUAUCAGGUGACUGGUUGAUGAUGUGGUGGGGAAUAAUAUAGGGAAAAAAAAAUACGGGGGGUUUAUCUUUUUUCUUAAAUAGUUUCUUCUUUUGUAAAGGGAACUGUUUAUUAAAUCUUGUAAUGCCAAUUUUCUAAAUCAAGUUCUUUC